UAUAUACAAUGACACACAAAAUAUAAUUAAGGCUGUGACAGAAGCACGUAUUUAAGAAAGUAUUUUCACAAAUUUCGAGAUAUUCGGAAUAUUUGAAUAUAACCUAUAGAGAGGCAAAUAUGUUUCAGUUCAGUGGUUUUAAUAUGAUGUUCCCCGAAGCUGGACGCAGCUUCAAAGCUUCCUACAAAUGUUUUUCAGUCUCAAUGUUGCCGGGCAAUGAAAGACAAGAUGUGGAAAACGGAGGAAAAAUCAUUAUGCCACCUUCAGCUCUGGACUCCCUGACACGCUUGAAUGUGGAAUAUCCCAUGUUGUUUAAGUUGAUAAACAACAAAAAGGGUCGUACAUCUCAUGCUGGCGUUUUAGAGUUUGUUGCCGAUGAGGGUAAAUGUUAUUUACCAUACUGGAUGAUGGAUAAUCUAUUAUUGGGAGAAGGAGAUAUUUUGACCAUUGAAAGUGUUUCACUACCCGUGGCAAAGUUUUCCAAAUUUCAGCCUCAUAGCACUGAUUUUUUGGACAUAACAAACCCAAAAGCCGUGCUGGAAAAUGCUUUAAGGAACUUUGCUUGUCUCACAACGGGAGAUGUUGUGGCCAUAAAAUAUAAUAAGAAAGUAUAUGAAUUGUGUGUGUUGGAGACAAAACCAGGCAACGCUGUUAGCAUAAUCGAAUGUGAUAUGAAUGUCGAAUUUGAAGCCCCUGUGGGCUACAAAGAGCCAUCUUCAUCGAGAAAGGGACAACCUCAAGAAGAAGAACCACAGGAUCACGUAAUGGAAGAAGUAGUCGAGACAUUCAAGGGUUCUGGCGUUCGUUUAGAUGGAAAAAAGAAAAAGGACAAUCAACUCGAUGCCCCAGUUAUAAAGAAGAUUUUGGCCCGCGGUGUUCCGGACUAUGAUUAUAGUUUUGGUUAUCUUAAAUUCGACCGAUCUAUUAAACCAAUUAGCGAUCGCGUGGCUGAUAUUGAUGCUGCCCCUACUACGCAAGAAAGUUUCCAGGGCGAAGGAUUUUCUAUGAAAAAAUCCCGCAAAUAAUUUGUUUACUGGUUAAGAUAAACAAUUCUACAUUUAAUCAACAAUAAUAUAUUCAUAGUUUUAAAAGA